UACUCCCCGCUGCUGAAGAAGCUCUACUGUCAGAUCGCCAAGACCUGUCCAAUCCAGAUCAAGCUUUCCUCGGCCCCGCCACACGCCAGUGUCAUCCGUGCCAUGCCUGUCUACAAGAAAGCGGAGCAUGUCACCGAGGUAGUCAAACGCUGCCCCAACCACGAGCUGGGACGGGACUUCAAUGACAGUAAGCCACCACGCCACCUUGAUAGGCAUAUCUGUUUGUGUCAUCGACCCGUAUCCCACAACAGAUUUGACUCACAACAGUGCUUGUAUGAUGUGGUUGUUGGACUUCCUUAAAUGCACUUAUGGUAUACCUCUCUCAAAAGAGUGUCUGCUAUAUGACAGAAAUGUAUGAAAAUUCAACUGAAAUGGCAUUUCAAUAGGACCUCUGGUCCAAAGAGACUGCUGCAGUGUAGUUUAGGUUUACUGUAAAAAUUCAAGGAAGUUUAAAUGGAUGGAGAGGUUGAUUAAUUGAUUGAUUAAUUAAUUGACCUGUACCCCCCCCCCCCCCCCAUCACCCAGGCCAAGUGGCCCCAGCCAGUCAUCUGAUCAGGGUGGAGGGAAACAACCUGUCCCAGUACGUGGACGACCCCGUCACGGGCAGGCAGAGUGUCAUGUUGCCCUACGAGAACCCACAGGUGAGUAGCUCCCCUCAGCUAGGACCCCAACAGAACGCCCACACUCACACAAUACAGUAGAACAUGUGUAGGCAACCCUGGUGCUGAACUCUGUAGUGCCGUAGCCACUACUGGAUUUUGUCCCAACCAAGCAACACAUCCGGUUCUACCAAUCACCUCACCAACAGUGAUUGGUUAAAUUCAUCACACCUGGUCUCCCAGGUCUUAAAACAGAAAUGUUCCAUUAAAAACAUAAUUUGUCUGUAUAGCACUCCAGGGCCAGGUUUGCCUACCCCUGCAAUAGAACAUGGUGGUUGGUUAACAUUUAAAAUCACCUAGAAAAUAACAACACAGUCUUCAUAUUAAUUGGUUAUUUAGAUGUAGUAUACCUAUUUAGAACUUUAUAUUUUAGUUGCCCAUGAUUUUGAUUGAUAUUUUCAAAAGAAUAGGUCCCAUGCCUGACUUUUGCUAUGUAACAUUAUAUGGCAACACUGCCAUCUAAAGGUAAUAAAAUAUACAGCUUAUGUUUUGUCCGUUACAUUCAGUCUGAUGCGUUAGGAGGGCUGGUUUCACAUAAGCAAAGCCCAGGCCUGAUAAAGGUUGAGUCUUUCAAUCUAUUAACUUUGCUUUAAUAAAUGGGAUCUUCAGUGUGUCAUCAUGGGGGGUGCCUUGGCUAUCACACUGCCUGUGAUUGGACAGCUGGCUAAUGUUUGACAGGCCAACGGACAGUAAAGGUCUCUCUCUCUGAUAGGUGGGGACAGAGUUCACCACCAUCCUCUACAACUUCAUGUGCAACAGCAGCUGUGUGGGAGGGAUGAACAGGAGACCCAUCCUCAUCAUCAUCACCCUAGAGACACGCGAGUAAGUCCAUGACAUUGUGUGUGUGUGUGGGUGUGUGGGUGUGUGUGUGUGUGUGUGUGUGUGUGUGUGUGUGUGUGUGUGUGUGUGUGUGUGUGUGUGUGUGUGUGUGUGUGUGUGCGUGCGUGCGUGCGUGCGUGCGUGCGUGCGUGCGUGCGUGCGUGCGUGCGUGCGUGCGUGCGUGCGUGCAUGGGUGCGUGCGUGCGUGCGUACGUGUGUGUGUCUGUCAUAACAGCUCACAGCUGAUUUGAACUGCCUUUAUACACACCUGUCUCACGAUAAACAUGCUAUAAGCAUUCAUAAUAGCCCGUGGCUCCUUAUAAAAAUAUAUACAUCCAUAAAAAUCAAGAAUGUAUUUCAAAUGCGUUACUAAACAUGUGGCUCAUAUGAAAAGUGUAACAAAAUAUUUUGAUAACACUUUAAUAAGCGCAUACAGUUAUAAUGUAGGAUGUGUUACCUGUUGUAAGCAUAUGAGGCCUUUCAAUGCCUUAUAAAUGAACGUAUGAUACGUUAUGCCUUUCUUUGUUGCAAUUAGUGGUCAGGUGCUGGGACGAAGGUCGUUUGAAGGGCGGAUAUGCGCCUGUCCGGGGCGAGAUCGCAAGGCAGACGAAGACCACUUCAGGGAGCAGCAGACCAUGAGCGACAACAUGUCCAAGAACGACAACAACGCUAACAAGCGCAGUGAGUCGCCCUUCUAUCUCUCUCUACACCUUUACAAAAUGUUUGGUUAUUUUUAUUGGGGUGUGUCUGAAAUGGCACCUUAUUCCCUAUAUAGUGCACCACUUUUGACCAGAGCCUUCACAUACAUACAGUGGGGAGAACAAGUAUUUGAUACACUGCCGAUUUUGCAGGUUUUCCUACUUACAAAGCAUGUAGAGGUCUGUAAUUUUUAUCAUAGGUACACUUCAACUGUGAGAGACGGAAUCUAAAACAAAAAUCCAGAAAAUCACAUUGUAUGAUUUUUAAGUAAUUAAUUUGCAUUUUAUUGCAUAACAUAAGUAUUUGAUACAUCAGAAAAGCAGAACAUAAUAUAUUUGGUACAGAAACCUUUGUUUGCAAUUACAGAGAUCAUACGUUUCCUGUAGGUCUUGACCAGGUGUGCACACACUGCAGCAGGGAUUUUGGCCCACUCCUCCAUACAGACCUUCUCCAGAUCCUUCUGGUUUCGGGGCUGUCGAUGGGCAAUACGGACUUUCAGCUCCCUCCAAAGAUUUUCUAUUGGGUUCAGGUCUGGAGACUGGCUAGGCCACUCCAGGACCUUGAGAUGCUUCUUACGGAGCCACUCCUUAGUUGCCCUGGCUGUGUGUUUCGGGUCGUUGUCAUGCUGGAAGAACCAGCCACGACCCAUCUUCAAUGCUCUUACUGAGGGAAGGAGGUUGUUGGCCAAGAUCUCGCGAUACAUGGCCCCAUCCAUCCUCCCCUCAAUACGGUGCAGUCGUCCUGUCCCCUUUGCAGAAAAGCAUCCCCAAAGAAUGAUGUUUCCACCUCCAUGUUUCACGGUUGGGAUGGUGUUCUUGGGGUUGUACUCAUCCUUCUUCUUCCUCCAAACACGGCAAGUGGAGUUUAGACCAAAAAGCUAUAUUUUUGUCUCAUCAGACCACAUGACCUUCUCCCAUUCCUCCUCUGGAUCAUCCAGAUGGUCAUUGGCAAACUUCAGACGGGCCUGGACAUGCGCUGGCUUGAGCAGGGGGAACUUACGUGCGCUGCAGGAUUUUAAUCCAUGACGGCGUAGUGUGUUACUAAUGGUUUUCUUUGAGACUGUGGUCCCAGCUCUCUUCAGGUCAUUGACCAGGUCCUGCCGUGUAGUUCUGGGCUGAUCCCUCACCUUCCUCAUGAUCAUUGAUGCCCCAUGAGGUGAGAUCUUGCAUGGAGCCCCAGACCAAGGGUGAUUGACCGUCAUCUUGAACUUCUUCCAUUUUCUAAUAAUUACGCCAACAGUUGUUGCCUUCUCACCAAGCUGCUUGCCUAUUGUCCUGUAGCCCAUCCCAGCCUUGUGCAGGUCUACAAUUUUAUCCCUGAUGUCCUUACACAGCUCUCUGGUCUUGGCCAUUGUGGAGAGGUUGGAGUCUGUUUGAUUGAGUGUGUGGACAGGUGUCUUUUAUACAGGUAACGAGUUCAAACAGGUGCAGUUAAUACAGGUAAUGAGUGGAGAACAGGAGGGCUUCUUAAAGAAAAACUAACAGGUCUGUGAGAGCCGGAAUUCUUACUGGUUGGUAGGUGAUCAAAUAGUUAUGUUAUGCAAUAAAAUGCAAAUUAAUUACUUAAAAAUCAUACAAUGUGAUUUUCUGAAUUUUUGUUUUAGAUUCCGUCUCUCACAGUUUAAUUGUACCUAUGAUAAAAAUUACAGACCUCUACAUGCUUUGUAAGUAGGAAAACCUGCAAAAUCGGCAGUGUAUGAAAUACUUGUUCUCCCCACUGUAUAGUGACACAGAUCACAAUGCAAACAUAUACACCAGUGCAAUAUAAAUGACACAAUAGUUUGAGCAUAUUGAUAUUGGUCAAGUCUUUGUAAAAAUCCUAUUGCUAAUUUUCAUGAUAUUCAAUAAUUGUUUGUACUCCCAACAUUUAGCAUUCAAACAGACCCCUCCAAACAUUCCCAGUCCAGGCAUGAAGAGACGGCGGCAUGGUGAAGAAGAGAUCUACUAUAUGCCUGUAAGAUAUAUAACUACUAUACAUAUAUAUAUAUAUAUAUACAGUACCAGUCAAAAGUUUGGACACACCUCCUCAUUCCAGGGUUUUUCUUUAUGUUUACUAUUUUCUACAUUGUAGAAUAAUAGUGAAGACAUCAGAACUAGGAAAUAACACAUAUGGAAUCAUGUAGUAAACAGAAAAGGGUUAAACAAAUCAAAAUACAUUUUAUAUUUGAGAUUCUUCAAAGUAGCCACCCUUUGCCUUGAUGACAGCUUUGCACACUUGGCAUUCUCUCAACCAGCUUCAUGAGGUAAUCACCUGGAAUGCAAUUCAAUUAACAGGUGUGCCUUUCUUUCCUUCUUAAUGCGUUUGAGCCAAUCAGUUGUGUUGUGACAAGGUAGGGGUGGUAUACAGAAGAUAGCCCUAUUUGGUAAAAGACCAAGUGCAUAUUAUGGCAAGAACAAUUCAAAUAAGCAAAGAGAAACAACAGUCCAUCAUUACUUUAAGACAUGAAGGUCAGUCAAUACGUAACAUUUCUGUCACGGAUUCUGCCGAGGCUGCUCCUCCUCCUUGCUCGGGCAGGCUUCGGCGUUCGUCGUCCCCGGAGUACUAGCUACUGCCGAUCGAUGUUUUCGGUGUUUGUCUUGUGUUGUCUAGUUUAUACACCUGUUGCUUAUUAGUGUUGAUUGUGUAGCAUAUAAGUUCCUUUGUUUUACGUUUGGCCUUUGUGUGUUAUUGUGUAUUGUCUCGUUGAUGUUCGGCAUAGCUAUUUCGCCUCAUUACGCACAGGGUGUUUUUCCCCUCCAGUGUUUUGGAGACUUUUGUUUGUGCUUUUGCAUUCAGUAAAGUAGUCAUCCUGAUUAUCUGUGUCCUGCGUCUGACUUCACUUGCCGCGUACACAUCACCAUUUUGACAAUUUCAAGAACUUUGAAAGUUUCUUCAAGUGCAGUCGCAAAAACCAUCAAGCGCUAUGAUAAAACUGUCUCUCAUGCGGACCGCCACAGGAAAGGAAGACCCAGAGUUACUUCUGCUGCAGAGGAUAAGUUCAUUAGAGGUAACUGCACCUCAGAUUGCAGCCCAAGUAAAUGCUUCACAGAGUUCAAGUAACAGACACAUCUCAACAUCAACUGUUCAGAGGAGACUGUGUGAAUCAGGCUUUCAUGGUCGAAUUGCUGCAAAGAAACCACUACCAAAGGACACCAAUAAUAAGAAGAGAAUUGCUUGGGCCAAGAAACACAAGCAAUGGACAUUAGACCAGUGGAACUCUGUCCUUUGGUCUGAUGAAUCCAAAUGUGAGAUUUUUGGUUCCAACCGUUGUGUCUUUGUGAGACGCAGAGUAGGUGAACGGAUGAUCUCUGCAUGUGUGGUUCCCACCGUGAAGCAUGGAGGGGGAGGUGUGAUGGUGUGGGGGUGCUUUGCUGUAGCUCAGCUGGUAGAGCACAGCGCUUGUAACGCCAGAGUAGUGGGUUCGAUCCCCAGGACAGAAAAAUGUAUGCAGGCUUUUGGAUAAAAGCGUCUGCUAAAUGGCAUAUUAUUAUUAUAUUACUGUCUGUGAUUUAUUUAGAAUUCAAGGCACACUUAACCAGCAUGGCUACCACAGCAUUCUGCAGCGAUACGCCAUCGCAUCUGAUUUGCGCUUAGUGGGACUAUCAUUUGUUUUUCAACAGGACAAUGACCAAAAACACACCUCCAGGCUGUGUAAGGGCUAUUUGACCAAGAAGGAGAGUGAUGGAGUGCGGCAUCAGAUGACCUGGACUCCACAAUCACCCGACCUCAACCCAAUUGAGAUGGUUUGGGAUGAGUUGGACUGCAGAGUGAAGGAAAAUCAGCCAACAAGUGCUCAGCAUAUGUGGGAACCCCUUCAAGAUUGUUGGAAAAGUAUUCCUCAUGAAGCUGGUUGAGAGAAUGCCAAGAGUGUGCAAAGCUGUCAUCAAGGCAAAGGGUGGCUACUUUGAAGAAUCUCAAAUAUAAAAUAUAUUUUGAUUUGUUUAACACUUUUUUGGUUACUACAUGAUUCCAUGUGUUAUUUCAUUGUUUUUUUUAUCUUCACUAUUAUUCUACAAUGUAGAAAAUAGUAAAAAUAAAAAAUAAACCUUGAAUGUGGAGGUGUGUCCAAACUUUUGACUGGUACUGUAUACUGUAUAUCAUAUAACUACUAUAUAUAAUACAACUAUUAUAUAUACUGUCUCCUGAGUGGCGCAGUGGUCUAAGUCACUGCAUCGCAGUGCUAACUGUGCCACUAGAGAUCCUGGUUCGAAUCCAGGCUCUGUCGCAGCCGGCCGCGACCAGGAGACUCAUGGGCGGCGCACAAUUGGCCCAGCGUCGUCCGGGGUAAGGGAGGGAAUGCCGGCAGGGGAUGUAGCUCAGUUGAUAGAGCAUGGCGUUUGCAACGCCAGGGUUGUGGGUUCGAUUCCCACGGGGGGCCAGUAUAAAAAAAAAAAAAUGUAUUCACUAACUGUAAGUCGCUCUGGAUAAGAGCGUCUGCUAAAUGAAUAAAAUGUAAAUGUAAAAUGUACUGUAUCAUAUAACUACUGUAUAUAUAUUAUAUAACUACAGUGCCUUCAGAAAGUAUUCAUACCCCUUGACUUAUUCCACAUUGUGUUUUGUUACAGCCUGAAUUUAAAUUGAUUGAAUUGUGGUGCGUUUUCUCACAUAUCUACACACAAUACCCCAAAAUGACAAAGUGAAAACAUGUUAUUAGAAAUGUUUGCACAUUUAUUGAAAUUUAAAUACAGAAAUAUCUCAUUUACAUAAGUAUUCACACCCCUGAGUCAAUACUUUGUAGAAGCACCUUUGGCAGCGAUUACAGCUGUGAGUCUUUCUGGGUAAGUCUCUAAGAGCUUUCCACACCUGGAUUGUGAUUGCAACAUUUGCCCAUUAUUCUUUUCAAAAUGUGUAAAGCUCUGUCAAAUUGGUUGUUGAUCAUUGCUAGACAACCAUUUUCCGGUCUUUCCAUAGAUUUUCAAGUAGAUUUAAGUCAAAACUGUAACUUGGCCAUUCAGGAUCAUUCACUGUCUUCUUGGUAAGCAACUCCAGUGUAGAUUUGGCCUUGUGUUUUAGGUUACUAUCCUGCUGAAAGGUGAAUUCAUCUCCCAGUGUCUGGUGGAAAGCAGACUGAACCAGGUUUUCCUCUAGGAUUUGCCUGUGCUUAGCUCCAUUCUGGGGGGGUUUUAUCCUGAAAAAGUCCUUGACGAUUACAAGCAUACCCAUAACAUGAUGCAGCCACCACUAUGCUUGAAAAUAUGGAGAGUGGUACUGAGUAAUGUGUUGUGUUGGAUUUCCCCAAACAUAACACUUUGUAUUCAGGACAACAAGUUAAUUGCUUUGCCACAUUUUUUUGCAGUAUUACUUUAGUGCCUUGUUGCAAACAGGAUGCAUGUUUUGGAAUAUUUGUAUUCUGUACAUGCUUAUUUCUUUUCCCUCUGUCAUGUAGGUUAGUAUUGUGGAGUAACUACAAUGUUGUUACUCCAUCCUCAGUUUUCUCCUAUCACAGCCAUUAGACUGUAACUGUUUUAAAGUCAUAAUUUGCCUCAUAGUGAAAUCCCUGAGCGGUUUCCUUCCUCUCCGGCAACUGAGUUAGGGAGGACGCCUGUAUCUUUGUAGUGACUGGGUGUAUUGAUACACCAUCCAAAGUGUAAUUAAUAACUUCACCAUGCUCAACUAGCUAUUCAAUGUCUGUUUGUUUUUUUACCCAUUUACCAAUAGAUGCCCUUAUUUUCGAGGCAUUGGAAAACUUCCCAGGUCUUUGUGGUAGAAUCUGUGUUUGAAUUCACUGCUCGACCUCAGGGACCUUACAGAUAAUUGAAUGUGUGGGGUACAUGACAUGAGGUAGUCAUAAAAAAAAUCAUGUUAAACACUAUUAUUGCACACUGAGUGAGUCCAUGCAACUUAUUAUGUGACUUGUUAAGCACAUUUUUAUUCCUGAACUUAUUUAGGCUUGCUAUAACAAAGGGAUUGAAUAUUUAUUGACUCAAGAAAUUUCAGCUUUUAUUUAAAAAAAAUCCAUUUUAGAAUAGGGCUGUAACAUAACAAAAUGUAGAAAAAGUCAAGGAGUGUGAAUAUAUUCUGAAGGCGCUGUAUAUCAUAUACAGUGCCUUCGGAAGGUAUUCAGACCCCUUAACUUUUUCCACAUUCUGUUACGUUACAGCCUUAUUCUAAAAUGGAUUCAAAAAUAAUAAUAAUCAGCAACCUACACAUAAUACCCCAUAAUGACAAAGCGAAAAUAGGUUUUUAGAAACUUUUGCAAAUGUAUUAAAUAUAAAAAACAGAAAUACCUCAUUUACAUAAGUAUUCAGACCCUAUGCUAUGAGACUCGAAAAAUUGAGCUAAGGUGCAUCCUGUUUCCAUUCAUCAUCCUUGAGAUGUUUCUACAACUUGAUUGGAGUCCACCUGUGGUAAAUUCAAUUGACUGGACAUGAUUUGGAAAGGCACACACCUGUCUAUAUAAGGUCCUGCAGUUGACAGUGCAUGUCAGAGCAAAAACCAAGCCAUGAGGUCGAAGGAACAGGAUUGUGAGGUCUGGGGAAGGGUACCAAAACAUUUCUGCAGCAUUGAAGGUCCCCAAGAACACAGUGGCCUCCAUCAUUUUUAAAUGGAAGAAGUUUGGAACCACCAAGACUCUUCCUAGAGCUGGCUGCCUGGCCAAACUGAGCAAUUGGGGGAGAAGGACCUUGGUCAGGGAGGUGACCAAGAACCCGAUGGUCACUCUGACAGAGCUCUAGAGUUCCUCUGUGGAGAUGGGAGAACCUUCCAGAAGGACAACCAUCUCUGCAGCACUCCACCAAUCAGGCAUUUAUGGUAGAGUGGCCAGAUGGAAGCCACUCCUCAGUAAAAGGCACAUGACAGCCCGCUUGGAGUUUGCUAAAAGUCACCUAAAGACUCUCAGACCAUGAGAAACAAGAUUCUCUGGUCUGAUGAAACCAAGAUUGAACUCUUUAGCCUGAAUGCCAAGCGUCACGUCUGGAGGAAACCUGGCACCAUCCCUACCGUGAAGCAUGGUGGUGUCAGCAUCAUGCUGUGGGGAUGUUUUUCAGCGGCAGGGACUGGGAGACUAGUCAGGAUCGAGGUAAAGAUGAACGGAGCAAAGUACAGAGAGAUCCUUGAUGAAAACCUGCUCCAGAGCGCUCAGGACCUCAGACUGGGGCGAAGGUUCACCUUCCAACAGGACAACGACCCAAAGCACACAGCCAAGACAACGCAGGAGUGGCUUCGGGACAAGUCUCUGAAUGCCCUUGAGUGGCCCAGCCAGAGCCCGGACUUGAACCCGAUCAAACAUCUCUGGAGAGACCUGAAAAUAGCUGUGCAGCAACGCUCCCCAUCCAACCUGACAGAGCUUGAGAGGAUCUGCAGAGAAGAAUGGGAGAAACUCCCCAAAUACAGGUGUGCCAAGCUUGUAGCGUCAUACCCAAGAAGACUCGAGGCUGUAAUCGCUGCCAAAGGUGCUUCAACAAAGUACUGAGUGAAGGUUCUGAAUACUGAUGUAAAUGUGAUAUUUCAUUUCUUUAUAUAUAAAUUAGCAAAAAUGCCUAAAAACCUGUUUUUGCUUUGUCAUUAUGGGGUAUUGUGUGCAGAUUGAUGAGGGGAAAAAAACGUUUAAUCCAUUGUAGAAUAAGGCUGUAACCUAAAAAAAUAUGGAAAAAGUCAAUACUUUCCGAAGGCACUGUAUCAUAUAACUACUGUAUAUAUUUAUCAUCCAUAUAUAUUACAAAUAUAUAUAGUGUAUAUUUGAGAACUGAAUGGUUUAGUUAUAGUAAAGAUAAUUGAUUACAAUGGAGGUGGUUUUGUGUGUGUGUGUGUUUAUGUUUGUGCACGUGUUUGUGCGCAUGCUUGCGAUUGUGUGUGUGUGUGUGUGUGUGUGCAGGUGCGCGGUAGAGAGAACUUUGACCUGCUGAUGAAGAUCAAGGAUAGUCUAGAGCUGGUGGAGUUCGUACCACAGCAGCUGGUGGACUCCUACAGACAACAACAGCAACAGCUGCUUCAGAGACAGUAAGUCAGCCACACACAAGCUCAAAUAUGCACACACACAUUCACACACGCACACAAGCAUACACAUGCGCCUACAAACGUACACACAAACACACAUAUACACGUACACACACAUACACAUUCUCUCUCUCGCUCACAAACACACACAUACACAUUCUCUCUCUCUCUCUCUCUCGCUCACAGACACACAUACACAUUCUCUCUCUCUCUCACACACACACACACACACACACACACACAUACAUACAUACAUACAUACAUACAAGCACACAGGCACAGGUGUGCGUGCACACACACACUUAAACCCAAAUACACUCAUUCCAUCCAUGCAUACACCUGUGCUGUCUUACACACAUACAAAUAUUACACUCUUACACAUUUCUGUCAUCUCCCUCUCCACCCCUCCAAUUCCCAGGAGCCAUGUUGCAUCCCCGUCCUCCUAUGGCUCUCCCCUGUCCAACAUGAACAAGCUGCACGGGGGCCACGGGGGCCACCAGUCUCAGCAAAACCCCCUCCCCAGCAUGGGGCACGUGGGUGAGUGUUUGUCGAGGGAAUUGGGGGAAUGUGUGUGUGGGGUGUGUGUGUGUAUGUGUGUGUGUUGUCACAGCUAAUGGGUGCCAUUAGAUAACCUGAUCGACCAUCCUGACUGCUGCGUUCUCUCAUUUCCUUUCAGAAUGUUAUCUUGUUACAUCAGGAUGGUCGAACGAGGCUAGUCAUUAGACGCUACUAUGGCAAACCUCUGAAAAACCUCUGAAUGACAUCAUUCCGGGCACUGUCCUAUUGAUUGCGCGUAUUGAUUUGUUCCUGUCCCCUCUCCCACAGGUCCCAACAUGCUCAACAGUCACCACAUGCAGACCAACAGUGACAUGAACGGGGGACACGGGGGCGGCCAGUCCAUGUUGUCCACGUCGCACUGCACCCCUCCCCCUCCGUAUAACCCUGACCCCAGCCUAGUCAGGUACCUCCCCCUCCAAUGACACUCUGUCUUCCUCUCCCACUGACACAAGCCAACAGUCAGAGCCAUCUAUGAUAAAUAGAUCAUAGGGCCAUUUCAGUUUGAGAUCUGUGCAGUCGCCAUCUUGGCACCAAAAGGUCCUUAUAUUCUGGUAAGAAUUGAAAUGGGAAUGGUGCUGUCAUUACAUGUUUGCCAACAUGGAGGGUAGUUUCUCUGCCUACAAUAUGUCCCAGAGCAGCUUAGAAUCAUUUGGGUCAUAUUGUUUCUCUCACAGAGAACACAACCAUUUUGUGUAACUACUUCGGCCAUUUACAUUGAACUGUAUAAAACUGUAGCUAAAUUAAAAGAAAUUGGAAAAAAUUCCACCAAGCUUUAAUGAAUUGGUAUUCCAUUACUUUGGUCAGAUAGUAAGACCCUUCUUGGGUUUUGUUGCAAUGUUAAAUGCAUGCUCUGCUGGUUGGAUUUGGACGAAUAGGUUGCUGAUUCGCUUUCCUGAGGUUUGGGGAGUUGUAUAAGCAGUACAGUAUGUUUACCCAUCAAAGAAUCCUAAUAUUAUGUUUUUCAAAUCUAAAUGAACAACGUGUCCAUCUUAGCAUCUUAUUUUCAUUAAUUCCCUCUAAACAUAUGCACAAUACAAGGGAAAUAGGUAUUGGAACAUUAAAAACAUAUUUUCCUAAUCUGUUAGUGCCGUUGCAUUGCAUUCAUACUAAGACAUUGUUUUGUCAUAAUGUUAGGGUUUUCAUUUUGCACUGUUUGUACCCAGACAAAAGUAGCAUUAGAAUGAACAUGGUUAUUGUCGUAUACUGUUUUGUACAUUUUGUUUUGUUUAAAGUGUUUGUAGACGAGAAUUUUAUAUUCAUGUAUUUAUAAUAAAGGUUUUAAUUCAACCAAAUUGGCUUUUAUGAAUCAUUAAUACAACUGCAUGAAUUUGAUUUGAGUGAAAUUAAUAACCAUAGUCAUUGAGAAAUUGUUCCAUCUGUAAUUGAUCAUAAUAUUCUCUGUUCCUUAUUGGACAUGAAGCCAUCAUUUUAGUUUUACGAUAGAUACAUAUGUAGGAUCUUAAUUUGAGCCAGUUUUGCUACAGUAGGAAAAAUAAUCCUGCUGCAACCGGAAAUGUUAAUUAUUAUGUGGUUUAUAAUUAAUGGACAUUUUUGUAGGGGCUGAUACAUUUUUCGUAAGGGAAAAUCAAGUCUGACAUUUCUAAAUGGAUAUUACUAACUUCAGAAGCCUUUUUAAACCUCAAAUACACUACAAGUUUUAAAUGUCCUGCAUUGCAGGAAAGUUCUCCUGCAACAGGGUGAUCGAAUUAAGAUCCUACAUCUUUACAGACAAGCCGAUUAGCAAAUUGGUGGCCUUUUUAACCAUUUAAUAAAAUUACAGUUAACUCUGGUAGUGGAUUUUAAUCACAUGAAGUAGACAGAAGUAGACAGUGUCUCCUUAAAUUUGGCUGCGGUGGAGUGGACACUAACUCUGGUCUUAAAUCUAAGUGGCACUGCUUCUCUCUCCACACAGCUUUCUAACCAGUCUGGGCUGCCAGAACUGCAUCGACUACUUCACGUUGCAGGGCCUGCAGAGUCUCUACCAACUCCAGACUCUGUCCAUGGAGGUAAAAUUCCAAUUCACUCUCUCUGCAAUUGACGCAGUGUAAAUCAUUCCAGUCCUGGAGGGAGGGGUCAGGUUUGGUUGGAUCAGUGAGGCCUGAGGUCUAUUAAGUCUCUCUCUUUUUCUCACUCUUUCUUUCUUUCUUUCUUUCUUUCUACCAUUCACUCUCCUCAUUUCUUUCUUUCUCUCUCUACCAUUCACUCUCCUCCUUUCUUUCUUUCUUUCUUUCUUUAUCUCUCUCCCUCUUCUCCUUCCUUUCUGUCUCCCAUUCUGUCAAGCCUUUCCUUUCCUUUUCUCUCUCUCUCUCUCUCUCUCUCUCUCUCUCUCUCUCUCUCUCUCUCUCUAGGACCUGGGUGCACUAAAGAUCCCCGAGCAGUUCCGCCUGGCCAUCUGGCGGGGCCUGCAGGACAUGAAGCAGGGAGGUGGGGUGGGACCUCCUCCUUCCUCCCACCAUCAAGACCACUAUGGUCAGCAGCUCCUCCGCUCCAGCAGCAACAUGGCAGCAGCCGCCAUGGCCAUCGUCCCCGGCGGCGAGCUACAACGCCAGCGUGUCAUGGAGGCCGUACACUUCCGUGUGCGCCACACCAUUACCAUCCCUUCCAACCGCCCGGGAGGUGGGCCGCAGGCAGUCGCUGCCGCCGCAGAUGAGUGGGCCGACUUCGGCUUUGACAUGCCCGACUGCAAAGUGUCGCGCAGCAACAAGAACUCCAUCAAGGAGGAGUUCAUGGAAAGUGACGUCCACUGAGAGAAAGAGGGAGAGAGAGAGAGAGAGAUACAGAGGGUGGGAGAGAGCGAGAUAGAGAGAACGGGACUCUUUAUGUUCUCUGAGAGAGAGAGGGAUAGAGAGAGAGCGAGGAAGAGAAGGAGAGGGAGAGGGAGAGAGAGAGA